AUGGAGCCGUCUGAUCUUGAAGCUGUUGCUGCAGCCAUGAGGCUUGAUCAUUCUUUCCAACAUACCUAUCGCUGUUCUUCAUCGAGGUUUGAGUUUGGUAACAGAAUUCUGAUGCCCCUUUCUGCUUUCGACUCUCUUGUUGAUAAAGGUGUGGAGUCUCCAUGGCUUUUCGAGCUGUGCAAUCAUGUAACAGGCAAAACUUCUUAUUGUGGAGUUCUUGAGUUUACUUCAGAUGAGGGUUUCGUGUUGUUACCGAGGCAGAUGAUGGAGUCCAUGGAGCUAGAGGAAGGAGAGCUUGUAACACUAACGAGUGCUUCUCUUGACAAAGGAACCUUCUUGAAGCUUCAACCACAUACCAAGAAUUUCAUGCAACUCUCGAACCCUAGGGCGGUGUUGGAAAUAGCUUUCAGAGAUUUUUGUUGCUUGACGACCGGAGAUACCAUCAUGAUCAUGUAUAACAACAUCAAGUUUUACAUCGAUAUUGUUGAAACAAAGCCCUCAUUGGCCGUCAAUAUCAUUGAUACAGAUUGUGAAGUUGAUUUUGCUCUCCCAUUGGAUUACGAACCACCCCAAGAAGAACAGAAAAAGCCCAAAGUACUUCAAAAACAAAAGCAGCCAAUCGAGGAAGUAACAGUCAAGUUCAAAGCGUUCAACGGUAUAGCAAGGCGCCUUGAUGGAGAACCUGUGACAGAACACGUUGCGGUUGAUGAUGAUGAUGAUGAUGAUUGGAUGAUGAAUGCUGAAAGAAAGCCAUGCGGAUCAAACAAAGUUGUGCUUGGUUCCAAUGUUAUUCAAUCUCAAGAAGACUCAACGGGUGAACCAUCGAGAAAGGGUCGGCAAGAGGAAACCAAUAUGAAGAAAGAAGAAGAAAAGUUCCAGCCAUUCACCGGAAGAAGUUAUAGGUUGACUUAG